GAUGCUCUUGCUCCACAAGGAAGUCAAGGGUUAUCUAAGAGGAUAGCAGCUGGGGAAGAGAUUUGAGUAGACAGCUGGUGGGAAUGUCAUCGUGGUGGAAGUAUUGAUGUUUUGGCUGUGGCUCUGUGAGCUGAUGCAUCUUCUUAGUGGACCUGAGCCACUCGUCUGUUUGCUGUGUCGGGCGGGAGUUUGAAUAAAGAAAACCAUGACGACGCAAGCCCGACUGGACUGCUUGUGUCUCCUGAUACUUUACUUGACAACUGGAUACGGCCAAGAAGGAAAGUUUAGUGGACCCCUGAAACCCAUGACAUUUUCUAUUUUUGAAGGUCAAGAACCGAGUCAAAUCAUAUUCCAGUUUAAGGCCGAUCCUCCUGCUGUGACUUUUGUACUAACUGGGGAGACAGAUGGCAUAUUUCAGAUACAACCAGAUGGACUUCUAUAUCACAACAAAGCCCUGGACCGGGAAACAAGAGCGGUUCACAAACUCCAGGUCUCAGCCCUGGAUGCUCAUGGCAACACAGUGGAGGGCCCAGUCCCCAUCACCAUAGAGGUGAAGGACAUCAAUGACAAUCGGCCUACGUUUCUCCAGACAAACUAUCAAGGCUCAGUCAGGCAGAAUUCUCGCCCAGGAAAGCCCUUUAUGUAUGUCAAUGCUACAGACUUGGAUGAUCCAGCCACGCCCAAUGGCCAGCUUAUUUAUCAAAUUAUCAUGCAGCUUCCCAAGAUCAAUGACGUCAUGUACUUUCAGAUCAACAACAAAACGGGAGCAAUUUCCCUUACUGCAGAAGGAUCCCGGGAAUUAGAUCCUAUUAAGAACCCUUUCUACAAGCUGGUGGUCUCAGUGGAGGACAUGGGAGGUCAGAAUGAGCAUUCCUUUAGCGACAGCACAUCUGUGGAUAUUACCGUGCAGGAGAAUAUUUGGAAAGCACCAGAACCUGUGGAGAUUGAAGAAAACUCAACUAAUACUCACCCCAUCAAAAUCACUCAGGUGCGGUGGAACGACCCAGGUGCACUAUAUUCUUUAAUGGACAAGGAGAAGCUACCAAAAUUCCCUUUUUCAAUUGACCAGGAAGGAGAUAUUUAUGUCACUCAGCCCUUGGACCGAGAAGAAAAGGAUUCAUAUGUUUUUUAUGCGAUCGCCAAGGAUGAGCUUGGAAAACCACUUGCAUUCCCACUGAAAGUUCAAGUGAAAGUUAAAGACAUUAAUGAUAAUCCACCUACAUGUCCAUCUACAGUGACUGUAUUUGAGGUCCAGGAGAAUGAACAAAUAGGGAGCAAUAUUGGAACCCUUACUGCUCAUGACAUAGAUGAAGAAAACACAAUCAACAGUGUCUUGGGGUACAAAAUUGUGGAUCAAAUCCCCAAAGUUCCUAGGGAUGGACUAUUCCUGGUCCAAACCUACUCGGGAACAUUCCAGUUAGCUGGGCAGUCCUUGAAGAAGCAAGACACUCCGCAGUACAACUUGACAGUAGAGGUUUCUGACAAAGAUUUCAAGACCCUCUGCCAUGUGCAAAUCAACAUUAUUGAUAUCAACGAUCAGAUCCCCAUCUUUGAAAAAUCAGAUUAUGGAAACCUAACUCUCCCUGAAGAUACAGCUGUUGGAUCCAUCAUCUUAACCAUCCAGGCCACUGAUGCUGAUGAACCACAUACUGGGAGUUCUAAAAUCCUGUAUCGGAUUAUACAGGGAGACAGUGAUGGACGUUUGGAGGUUGAAACAGAUCUCCAAACCAAUGCUGGCUAUGUCAAGGUUAAAAAGCCUCUUGACUUCGAAACAGUAGCUGUUCACAACAUUGUGUUUCAAGCAGAAAAUCCUGAGCCUUUGGUGUCUGGUGUGCAGUACAAUGCCAGCUCUUUUGCCUCAUUCAGGCUUAUUGUGACAGAUGUGAAUGAAACACCACAAUUUUCUCAACAAGUAUUCCAAGCAAAAGUCAGUGAGGAUGUGCCCAAAGGCACUAAAGUGGGCAAUGUGACUGCCAAGGAUCCGGAAGGUCUGGACAUAAGUUAUUCACUGAGAGGCGACAAGAGAGGUUGGCUUAGAAUUGACCCCGUCACUGGCGAGAUCUUCAGUGUGGCUCCGCUGGACAGGGAAGCUGAAAGUCUGUAUCGAGUUGAAGUGGUGGCAACGGAAGUAGGUGGUUCCUCCUUGAGCUCCACUGCGAAUUUCCACCUGGCUCUCACGGAUGUGAAUGACAACCCCCCUCGGCUGGUCAAGGAGUACACAGGCUUGUUCUUCUGCUAUCCCCCCAAAGAACCUGGAAGUCUCAUCUUCGAGGCCACUGAUGAUGAUCAGCAGCUACUUCGGGGUCCACACUUUACCUUUUCCCUUGGCAGCGAAAGCUUGCAGAAGGACUGGGAAGUUUCCAAAAUCAAUGGAACUCAUGCUAGCCUCUCCACCAAGCACACCAACUUUGAGGAGAAAGUUUACCACAUCCCAAUCCGCAUCAAUGAUGGUGGCCGGCCACCCUUGGAAGGGACUGUCUCUUUACCAGUUACUUUCUGCACAUGUGUGGAGGAAAGAUGUUUCCAGCCAGCAGAACGCCUCCCUGGGAUACCCACGGUGGGCAUGGCAGUGGGGAUACUCCUCACCACCUUUUUGGUCAUCGGUAUAAUUUUAGCAGUUGUGUUUAUCCGGAUGAAGAGGAAUAAAGGCCAAGAUAAUGUGGAAAGGGCUCAGGCAUCUGAAGUCGAGCCUCUGAGAAACUGAAUGUGAAAAGGAAUGUUUGGGUUUAUGUAUCAAGUGCUAUUUCAGUAACAUAACCAUUCAACCCCCUGAUUUUUCUUUUCAUCCAACAUGUGUGCUAUAAUUUUUUACAGAUAUACCCUCUUGCCCUUUAAUAUUUUAUGACCCUUAGAUAGUUCAUGUGCUAUAGACAUUAGAGACAUUUUCCAUUUUCUCAUGACACGUUCCCCCUCUGCAAAAGCCUCAGCUAUUUAUCCAAACACAAAAAUGUAUGUGUUUUUCCCUCUCUGGGGAAGAGCGGUUGAUGAAAUUUCUUCUUCAUCAAGGAGAUUUUUAUCAGUCAUCUACCACAGAACUUCCUGGAUUCCAUGUAUGCUUUUUCUGAGUCCAUCCUGUGGCUCCUCCCUCUAAGCCUCCUUUGGUAUUUUGCUAAUGUGGAAACAUUUGUUCCAGAAGAGAGCAAAGCGAAGUCUCAGGAGAAGAUAAAAGCACAGACCGGACCCUGAGUUUGAACAGAAACUUCAUUGUUAUCAGCCCCUGGGGGCUUCUCUGUUGCUUUUCACUGGAGGAUUUUGCAUUUGGGAACAGCACAAGCCCAGCACAGACCAUGCUUCAUGAACCCUGGUGCAGAAACCAGCCACUGCCACGUUUUCUCACUAUCCACCAUGAUCAUGUGCUGUGCAUGUUUUCUUGUAUAGUAAUACAUUUUUGGUUAUUAUAUAUUUAAUGGUGGAGGAAAAUAAGGAAGCAUGAAAGAUGUGUAGUGACAGAAAUCAAGAAUAAACAUUGGCUGUGGUUUUGUUUCUUGGAUCUCUUUGGCUCUGCUUCCUGGUUCUCUGCUUUUGUUGAAGGAAGGACUAAAUAACAAUGGUUACGAUCGUGUAUCAAAAUUUCCUCCCAUGUAGAAUUAGCCCAUAAAGAUAG